UAGAAAGACUGAGUCUCUCCCAGGACAGCUGCUGCGGUCACACCACAAACUUAAAAGCCGUCCUCCCGCUCGGAGCGUGCCUUUCCUCGCCACCCUCGCCUCCCCAAGGUCCCAGCUGGUGCCUGGCUCUCGGCCGGUGCGGGCGCGUUGCUCGGGGCCAGCAGCGCCCCCUGCCUCCCGGCCGGUCCUCUGCGGCCGCAGCCUCCGCGCUCCGCCAGGGCCGCCCGCGGCUCCGCGGCUCAGCCAGGGCUGCCGCUCCCAGGCUCCCAGGAGCUCGCGCCGACCCGGGUCGCCGCCUCGCCCGCCCGCAGCCAGCAUCCCUUCCCUCUGCCCCUGGGGGGACAUCAGCCGAAGAGAGAGGGCGAGCAGCGUUCGCGGCAGCUUGUUUCCACUGUUUCAAAGAGAACAUUGUUUUCAUCAUGAAUGCUAAUAAAGAUGAGAGACCAAAGUCCAAAAGCUACUAUUUUUACUUUUUUCAUGCCUUGAUGAUGCUAAGCAUGACCACACUGUUUCUUCCGGUCAUUGGAACUUCUAAGCAAAAUAUUCCACGGCUCAAGCUAACCUACAAAGACUUGCUGCUUUCAAAUAGCUGCAUUCCCUUUCUGGGUUCAUCAGAAGGACUGGAUUUCCAAACAAUUCUGUUAGAUGAGGAGAGGGGCAGGCUGCUGCUGGGAGCCAAGGACCACAUCUUCUUGCUCAGUCUGGUUGACUUAAACAAAAAUUUCAAGAAGAUUUAUUGGCCGGCUGCAAAGGAGCGGGUGGAAUUAUGUAAAUUAGCUGGGAAAGAUGCCAAUACAGAAUGUGCAAAUUUUAUUCGAGUCCUUCAACCCUAUAAUAAAACUCACAUUUAUGUGUGCGGAACUGGAGCAUUCCAUCCAAUAUGUGGAUAUAUUGAUCUUGGAGUCUACAAGGAGGAAGUUAUGUUCAAGCUAGACACACACAAUUUGGAGUCUGGCAGACUGAAAUGUCCUUUUGAUCCUCAACAGCCUUUUGCUUCAGUAAUGACAGAUGAAUACCUCUACUCUGGAACAGCUUCUGAUUUCCUUGGCAAAGAUACCGCAUUCACGAGGUCCCUUGGGCCUACUCAAGACCACCAUUACAUCAGAACUGACAUUUCAGAGCACUACUGGCUCAAUGGUGCCAAAUUUAUUGGGACUUUCCCCAUACCAGACACCUAUAAUCCAGAUGAUGAUAAGAUAUAUUUCUUCUUUCGUGAAUCAUCUCAAGAAGGCAGUACUUCGGAUAAGACAAUUCUUUCUCGAGUUGGAAGAGUUUGUAAGAAUGAUGUAGGAGGACAACGCAGCUUGAUAAACAAGUGGACAACUUUUCUUAAGGCCAGAUUGAUUUGCUCAAUUCCUGGAAGUGAUGGGGCAGAUACUCAUUUUGAUGAGCUCCAAGACAUAUACUUACUCCCCACAAGAGAUGAAAGAAACCCUGUAGUAUAUGGAGUCUUUACCACAACCAGCUCCAUCUUCAAAGGCUCUGCUGUUUGUGUGUAUAGCAUGGCUGACAUCAGAGCGGUGUUUAAUGGCCCAUAUGCUCAUAAGGAAAGCGCAGACCACCGCUGGGUGCAGUAUGAUGGAAGAAUUCCUUAUCCCCGACCUGGCACUUGUCCGAGCAAAACCUAUGACCCACUGAUCAAAUCCACCCGAGAUUUUCCGGAUGACGUCAUCAGUUUCAUCAAGCGGCACCCUGUGAUGUAUAAGUCAGUAUAUCCAGUGGCGGGAGGACCAACAUUCAAGCGAAUCAAUGUGGAUUACAGACUGACGCAGAUUGUGGUGGAUCAUGUGGUGGCAGAAGAUGGCCAGUAUGAUGUAAUGUUCCUUGGAACAGACAUUGGAACGGUCCUAAAAGUUGUCAGCAUUUCAAAGGAGAAGUGGAAUAUGGAAGAGGUAGUACUGGAGGAGUUGCAGAUAUUCAAGCAUUCAUCAAUCAUCUUGAACAUGGAAUUGUCUUUGAAACAGCAACAAUUGUACAUUGGUUCCCGAGAUGGAUUGGUUCAGCUCUCACUGCACAGAUGUGACACUUAUGGGAAAGCUUGUGCAGACUGUUGUCUCGCCAGAGACCCCUACUGUGCCUGGGAUGGAACUUCAUGCUCUCGAUAUACACCCACUUCAAAAAGGCGAGCUAGACGCCAAGAUGUUAAGUAUGGAGACCCAAUCACCCAGUGCUGGGACAUAGAAGAGAGCAUUACUCAUGAAACUGCUGAUGAAAAGGUGAUUUUUGGCAUUGAAUUUAAUUCAACUUUUCUAGAAUGUAUACCUAAAUCCCAACAAGCAUCUAUUAAGUGGUAUAUCCAGCGGGCUGGAGAGGAACACCGAGAGGAGCUGAAACCUGAUGAAAGGAUCAUCAAAACAGAAUACGGGCUACUGAUUCGCAGUUUGCAGAAGAAGGACUCUGGGAUGUAUUCCUGCAAAGCGCAGGAGCACACGUUUAUCCACACCAUAGUGAAGCUGACUUUGAACGUCAUUGAGAACGAACAGAUGGAAAACACCCAGAGGGCAGAGCACGAGGAGGGGCAGGUCAAGGAUCUGCUGGCCGAGUCACGGUUGAGAUACAAAGACUACAUCCAAAUCCUUAGCAGCCCGAACUUCAGCCUCGACCAGUACUGCGAACAGAUGUGGCACCGGGAGAAGCGGAGGCAGCGCAACAAGGGCGUCCCCAAGUGGAAGCACAUGCAGGAAAUGAAGAAGAAACGGAAUCGAAGACAUCACGGAGAGGAGCUCCCGAGAGCGGUGGCCACGUAGUUUCCUAUUUAAUUUAAAGAAAAGAAUCCUUGACCCGCAAAAAUACUGUCUCCUGUUUGUACAUCCUUGAUGCUAACUCCUACGAGUUUUCCGUGGUGUUUUGUUAAGGCACGAGAAAAACAAUCCGAGUAAGACAAUGUGUGGUGGAUAUGGCAAAGGCAGGGCAAGUAAGGCAUCUGAACCAGUUUUCCAAGAACUAAACGUGCACCUGCAAUGCAUCAGAGUUAUCUUCAAAAUAGGGACUUCACAUUUGUAAAUGUUUUGUGUUCUGAGUUUUUGAAUUUAUGAUGUCAUGUAAAUAAGUGAGCUAAGCAAACAGCACCUUUGGUAAAGUACUAAGGUGCUUCUUUUCCCUUGCGUGGCCAUUAAGCAUGGGGGUUACCAGGCUGUUGUGCUUUCUGUGCGUGUGAACAGAUCUAUCAUUCCACUCUAGAACUGGCUACUUUCUGGUAAGAAGUGGAGGGAAGACACACAUUCAGACCACGCAUAUAACAACAGGAACUUUCCCAAUGAGCCACUCACUCUUGGUGCAUGGUUUAGGAGUUUGGAGAGAUGCAUUAUUUUUAUCAGACCACAGGGAUUAUUUAGUGUACGAAAGCCUUGAUUUACUGAAGGUUAUAAGUGUUCCUCCAGGAUUCCUUAUGACUUACCAGGAGAGACCGGUUCAUAGAGCGACAUUGGUGCUCAGUUAUGUGUUUUUAGAUUAAAUGCUGAGCUUUGCAGGGACAGAAUGCUUAAUAAAUAUUUAAGUAAGAUAUGAGAAAACAUUUAAAUAAAGUAAGGGGAACAUCAUGAUGUGCACUGCAUCCUAAUGGGAAGGCAUGCAGAUGGGAUUUGUUAAGAGACAGAAGGAAAGACAGCUAUAAAUUCUGGCUUUGGGGAAAACUCAUAGCCCCAUAAAAAGGAAGAACAGUCACAAAUAAAGUGGGUGAAAUGCAAUGUCGUUUUAUUCACCAGAGUAUAAGUAGCUGCCAAUUUAUAAUACAUCUGCUAAAAAAUUCUAGAUUAUAUUUAAAAAAAGCCUGCUAGCAAAAGGCUGAGGAAAAGUAAAUUUUCUAAAGGAUCAUGGAAAGAAUGAGCACAAAUUUAUUUACAACCAAGGGGAUUUCAGUACUUUUUCUAAAAAUUCAUCAUAAUCUAUAAAUUAUUUUCAUUUACUGCCUUUAGUCUCUUGAAUAUUGGAUUGUGGGACUUUAUUUGAGUGAAUAGAAAAGAACAAUAUAUACAUACAUAGCAAAAGAAUUAGGUAGACAAUAGUGGUGGGGAGCGGGAAGAUAUAUUGUUAAGUAACAGAACAAAUGCAAAACUUUUGACAACGGAAAGGGUUAAAUUAACUCUUUGACAUCUUUUUUUUGACAAAUCUUUUUGCAUUUCUGAGAUUAUAUGCUGUUAUUCAAGUAGCAUUGUUUUAGUAAUUUAAUAAUAAAUAAGCCUACCGCCUGUAAAGAAAACAAACUCACAACAUAAACAUUCUUCGUAUUUUGUUAGCACUUUCAAAUAUUGCCAGUUUGGCUUUACCUCUGAACCUGCAUGGUAUGUUUUCUGCCCAUUUACGCAGGACUCACCUUUCUUUCUUCAACACAAAACCCUUAGCCUUCUUCUGUUUUGCCUUUUCAAGCCCUUUUUAGUGUGAAAUGAAAAAUUAGUCACUUCCUCAAAUGGAAGGCAGCCUUUCAGAAAACUAAAUAGCAGACAUUGCUAGUUUCUCAUGCAUUCUAUGUGUCUUGAAAGAGAAGCCUGUGGGAACCCGUGUGAUUAGAGGGCAACUUAUUACCAUGUUCAGUAUCAUGUCUGUGACUGGCUUUAUGUUCAAAGCAUUCUAUCUUACAUUCAUUUUAUUUGCAUCUCUUACCUUUCAAAGUAGUCACUCUGAUGUAUGAGAUUAAGUACCCCUUUUGAUAUGAAACUCAAAUAUUUAUAGAUGUUUCUGUAUAAGAAAAACUUAAGGAUUUAAAACUUCGGUUUGAAAAACAGCAAACCAGAACAAAUCACUCUUAAAAAUUAAUGCAUAAGAAUAGUUGUAGUAGAUCAGAGUGCUAAUUAAAUACCAGAACAAGAGUGUUUGUAACUAUUGAUUUGCGAGGCUAAAAUGUUCCAGGAAUUCAUAGUGAGCUCCAAGCAAAUAAAGUGGGAGUAUGUUUCAUUUUUUAAAGAUUUCCACGUAUUUGUAUGUCAGACAGUAAUGAUCAAAUUAUGGAUGACUUUGAGAAAAUUACAUGAAGCUCAAAUGUUAGGAUUGACUUGCGAAAAUAAAUUUGGUUUUCAUCCAAAUAUGAAUGUCUAAGCCAUUUUUUAAUUACUUCUUUCUUAUCAUAGUUAUUCAGACAAAAUUUUGAAAACCUAUUUUGAUUUACAGCUAAUACUCUGGCUACUUUGGAUAUAAAACUAUUAAUUUAUGAUAAACUCUUAAAAUACACUUGAAAUAUUGUUAGUAAAAUAAAAUGUCAUAUAAUAAAAACAUAUGGACAAAGACUUAUGUGUAUUUAUAAAGAUAGAGGACAUCUAAACUACAUUUAAUUUUUUACCCUUUUGAUUGCCUAGAACAUUUGAGGAACAGGGUGAAUAUAUUAAAUGUAAGACAAGACACAUUAUAUAUACUUCUUUACCACUGAAGGUUUUACCAAAUUCUUUUUGAAAUAAUGAAAAAUAAAAUUAUAGUUAAUACUUUCAAAUACAUUUGCUUAGCAAUCAGCUCUUCAGGGAGAGAGGUCUUAAAACAUCUGUUUAUUCUUAGAUUCAUAUUUUUCUCUCCUGUUUUGAAUACAUAUGUCUUUGAUUUGCCUAUUCUCACCUGCAUUUCAUUCUGGCUGUUUAUGCUGCUAUAUGGAAUCCUGCCUGUCUGCAUUCAUUUACAUUAAGUUUAUUAAGAAUUUAAAGAGUUGUUU